CUUUACUUUCAGCAAUCUAUUCUGGGUUUCCCUGGUAUCCCAGGAUCAAAUGGUAUACCGGGAGUUCCGGGGGUCCCGGGGCCACACGGACCCCAGGGAAGAGAAGGUGUAAAAGGACAAAUUGGUGAUAAGGGAUCGCAUGGAAUGCCAGGUCCAAGAGGAGACAGAGGGCGUGUAGGACCCCCUGGGAAGAGUGGACCCGAAGGAAUUAAGGGAAUGAAAGGUCAUCAGGGACUUCUGGGAAUGAAAGGAGAGCGAGGCAUUGCAGGAAUAAAAGGAGAGCAAGGAGCUGUGGGAAUAAAAGGAGAGCGAGGCAUUGUGGGAAUGAAAGGAGUGCGCGGAGCUGUGGGAAUGAAAGGAGAGCGAGGCAUUGCGGGAAUCAUAGGAAGAAAAGGAGACAAAGGAGAGAAAGGAGAAAGCACCAAAGCAAGUCAAGCAAGUGUAGUACCACAAACCAACUGGAAACAAUGUGUGUGGAAAUCAUUGAGCUCUACUAAUAACGGAAAGAUUAAGGUAAAUAGAUUAAGAAUCAUACACACACUCCUAAGAAAAUUUCUUCCUUUUUAAAUUAAAAUGUUUCAAAGAAGAACGUCUCCCCUCUCACUCACCGCUUGCCAACACAUUACACACAUAACUAAAUUACAUUUCUCUCUACUUUGGUUCUUUUUGGAACGGAAAAAAAAAAAAAAAAAACCAUCGCGCGUGAUAAAAUGAUCAGACCAUAUGGGUAAGGACAACAAAAAUUUAAGCUAUUACAGAGUUUUUAAAAAUUAGGAAGUAAUCUUGACUGGAAUUGUAUCAAUCAUUACACACGAUUGCUUGCAUUACUACAAUAUGUUUGAUUUGUUUGAUUUUAUUCCAGGACUGUGCGUUUAACAAACUGCAGUCUAAUUCAGCGCUCAGAGUCUCAUUCCAGGGAAAUAUGAGGGUCCCUGGUAAUGCUAAGUGUAAUCGCUGGUAUUUCAAGUUCAAUGGAAAUGAAUGCAGUGGCCCAAUGACGAUUGAUGCUAUUGUUUACCAGGACUGGUCAUCUGGGAACCCUGAUCUGUGGCAUCAUCGGUCAUUUGAGGGGUACUGUGAAAACAUUCCACAAGGGGCGGUUAGAGUGGAAUUAUGGGUAGGAAAGUGUACUGGCGUGACCCUGGGUGAUGCUUUCACUGGGUGGAAUUCAGUAUCUCGGAUAAUGAUUGAAGAAGUAUCUAGGCCCCAGUCCUAA